UGUGACUUCAGCACAUGCGCCGCUGUGUUUUGAAAAGCUGGAGAGCUGCAGCUCGAGCCUCGGGCUGUCUUACUUGUAUGUGCUCUGGUUUCUGCACAAUUCUGAGACGAUGCAUCUAAUGUGAGUCCGAGUGAAACAUGCCGAAGUCUUUGAAGAAAUCCUGCAGCGCUCAGACCUCCAUCAGCAGGUACUUUGGAGGACUGAGCAGCAGCAGCAGCAGCACUCAGUGUGGGAUUAAACAAAAUCCUGCAGAUCAACAGCUUCUGAGGGGGAAGCAGAAACUUUCCUCUGAUGAUGACUUUGGGAUGCCAACUAAACGAGCCAAGCUUCCUGAUAAAGACCAGCAGCUGGAGGAUCUGGAGUGUGGAUCUGAAGAUUCAAAGCUGACAUCGAGCCGAGGAGGAAGCAGCCUCUGCUCGUCCACCUUGGAGAAGCUGAAGGGCUUCACCUGCAGUGCUGAUGGUGCCAGCAGUACAAAAUGUAAGCAAGAAGGCAGCGCUUGGUCUGCUGCUUCAGAUCAACACCAAAUUACAAACACACUGCAACAUGCAGCGGAGGAGGAUGAAGAGGAGGAGAGCCAGGGGGUGACUGCUUCAAAGCAGGGAUUCUGCUUGUCGAUGUUUGCCAAAUCAGGAGGAGGAGGAGGAGGAGGAGGAAAGGAUGCUGAGCUGAGUCCUCCAGCAGAGUCUAGCGCCACCUCCAGGCGAUCAAAGAGCAUCUACACUCCUCUGGAGCAGCAGGUCAUCCAGCUGAAACAGCAGCAUAAGGACGCCCUGUUGGCCGUGGAGUGCGGCUACAAAUACAGGUUCUUUGGAGAGGAUGCAGAGAUUGCUGCAAAGGAGCUGAAUAUCAUGUGUCGUCUGGAUCACAACUUCAUGACGUGCAGCAUCCCCACACACCGGCUCUUUGUUCAUGUCAGACGCUUGGUGUCUCACGGACACAAGGUUGGCGUGGUCAAGCAGACAGAGACGUCUGCGAUCAAAGCCUCAGGCGCCAAUAGGAACAAUCUGUUCACUCGUCAGCUCAGUGCCCUGUACACCAAGUCCACUCUGGUGGGAGAGGAUGUGAACCCCGUCUGCAGACUGGAGGAUGUGGAGGAGGGGGGCCUUGGAGACGUCGUGUUGGACCCUCCUGACAGCUUCCUGCUGUGUGUCAGUGAGAACUGGGACAAACUGAAGAAGCAGCUCACUGUGGGGCUGGUGGCCGUUCAGCCCAGCACAGGAGACGUGUUACUGGACUGUUUCCCUGACGGUUCUUCUCGCUCUGAGCUGGAGGGUCGGAUCCUGAAGAUCAAUCCAGUUGAGAUCCUGGUUCCCUCCGACCUCUCAGAGCAAACCCACAGACUCCUGCUCAGCAUCGCUAACGCCAGUGCUCAGGCCGAUGACCGGGUGAGAGUUGAGAAGAGGGACAGCGCUCAGUUUGAGUUCGCCUCUGCGAUGAACACGGUCACCGAGUUCUACUGCCACGCCCAGGAGACAGGCUCUCGCUCUCUGUCGAGCGUGGCGUCCUUAGAGAGCCCGGUGAUCUGCUGUCUGGGGCCGCUCAUCCAGUACCUCCAAGAAUUCAACUUGGAAAGAGUUCUUAGGAGUGAAAGCUCAUUCCGGCGGCUGUCCUGUGAGUCGGAGGGUUUGAUCCUCAGCGCUGCUACUCUCAGAAACCUGGAAAUACUCAACAAUCAGACAGAUGGUGGUGUGAAGGGAAGUCUGCUGUGGGUGUUGGACCACACUCGCACUCCGUUUGGGAAGAGGCUGAUGAGGAAGUGGGUGAGCCAGCCCCUCACAGACCCUCAGUCUAUCUCAGAGAGGCAGGACGCUGUGCAGGAAAUCCUUCAGUCGGAUUCUCUCACUUUAAAUUCCGUCAGAUCUUUGCUGUCACAUCUGCCCGACCUGGAGAGAGGCAUCUGCAGCAUAUACCACAAAAAGUCUUCCACACAGGAGUUUUACCUCAUUAGCAGCAGUCUCUCUCGCCUGGGACUGGAACUGCAGACUUUGCUCCCAGCUAUCCAGUCACAGAUCGGCUCCAAACUGCUCCGAAGUCUCUUGUUGGACACUCCUGACCUGCUGGUCCCAGCACACAGCUUCCUCAAGGUGCUCAAUGAAAAGGCAGCAAAAUUGGGGAAUAAGACAGAGCUCUUCUCGGAUCUGUCUGGUUUCCCGGUGCUGCAGGAAAGAACGGAGCAGAUCCGAAGCGUCCUCGGUGAGAUUCAAGACCAUCGCAGAGAUGUCCGGCUGACGCUGAAGGCCCCCGCACUCGACUACACGGCCGUCUCUGGACAGGAGUUUCUGAUUGAGGUGAAGAACUCGCUGUCAUCUGCUGUUCCACCUGACUGGGUCAAAAUCAGCAGCACCAAGGCAGUCAGCAGGUAUCACUCUCCUUUCCUGGUCGACCGCUACAAGAAGCUGCUGCAGCUCCGAGAGCAGCUGCUGCUCGACUGCCAGAGGGAAUGGACCAGCUUUCUGGAUGAGUUUGGGGAGCACUACCACACCAUGAAAAGGGCUAUUAGUCACCUAGCAACCAUGGACUGUCUCCUGUCAUUGGCUGAGGUGGCUAAACAAGGGGACUAUUGCAGGCCAGAGGUGUGUGAAAGUCAGCACCAGAUUAUCAUCAGGGACGGCAGACAUCCUGCUAUAGACCUGCUAAUGGGAGAGCACAACCAGUAUGUGCCCAACAACACUGAACUACAGGGUGGUGGCAGGAGAACUAUGAUAAUCACUGGGCCUAAUAUGGGGGGUAAGAGCUCCUACAUCCGCCAGGUUGCCAUUAUCUGUGUCAUGGCUCAGAUGGGCUCCUAUGUUCCGGCCUCUGAGGCCUGUCUGGGCAUCCUGGAUGGCAUUUACACCAGGAUGGGAGCUUCAGACAACAUCUAUAAGGGGCGCAGUACGUUCAUGGAGGAGCUGACAGAGGCCUCGGAGAUAAUUUCCCAUGCGACAGAACGUUCACUGGUCAUCCUUGAUGAACUGGGACGAGGCACAAGCACCCACGAUGGGAUUGCCAUUGCCUAUGCUACGCUGGAAUACUUCAUCAGAGACGUGAAAGCCCUCACCCUGUUUGUAACCCAUUAUCCUCCUCUGUGUGAGCUGGAGCGAGUGUAUCCUGAACAUGUGUCUAACUACCACAUGGCUUUCUUACUCAAUGAACCCGACAUCUCUACUGACACUGAUGAUGAAGAAAUUCAGCCGGAGUUCAUCACCUUCCUCUACCAGUUGACUGAAGGAGCUGCAGGACGGAGCUACGGACUCAAUGUUGCCCGACUGGCUGACAUCCCAGAUUCAAUACUACAUGUUGCUGCUCGCAAAGCCCGAGAGCUGGAGAACAUGGUCAAUGCCAGGAGGAAAAGUAAGAAACUGCUCUCAGAUGUUUGGAGCAUCUCUGACAGAUCGACCCUCAUUGACUGGCUGCAGUCAAACUCUUGACUUUCCUCGCACCAUCAGGACAUACAGAUGAAGAAAACAAUCCAGUUUUCAGCAAGAAACUGAGCAUGCUCAGAGAGGAAGGUACACAAAAACGUGUUUCACCAAUGGAGGAGGUUGAUGCUGCACUUCUAGCUGGUGUGUGAAAAGGAUUUUACCCACUCAGGCUCUGGUUCUCACCAUCAAGUGUACUGUAACCCAACUGUCAUAGCGUUAUUUAAUAUCGAUUGAUCAGGUUUUUGGUGCUUAAAUAAAGAAAAAAGUCAGACUUGUCACAA